AUGGAUGCUCACCGACAGCACCCUGAUUUCCGCAUUGUUCUCGACUAUCUCUCCCUCCAUACUGCCUUCAGCCCUUUUGUAGUAUGGCAGGGAGAUUGGUUUUAUACCAUGGUCGAUGACUAUAGGUGCAAUCAGCAUCAUCUUGGUAUCAGAGCGAGGAUGGCAGAAGGGAGUAACCGGGUGGCUGUCGGAGAUGCAAACAGCUUAGAAGCCCUUUGGGCGGAGCACACCAGUUUGGUGAAACAAACCAACGAACUCGCUACAGAUAUGUAUCGGCUCUUUGGGGAAGUGCGACGAGAACUGAGAAUGAUCAAUGCUCGUUUAGAUCGGAAUCAAGCCGCUCGUGCAGAAGGUCAGGCUACCUUGCCGGUCGCGAGACGUGGAUUCGUGGUCGAUAGAGAUCAUCAUCGGAACACUCAGACACAGGAAGUAACAGACUCCGAAGAAGAGCUUGAAGGUGGUCGUUCUGUGCAAUUGCAUAUUGAAGAUUACCUUGAUUGGGAGAGGGCAGUCGAGACCUUCUUUGAGUACAUGGAUAUUGAUCCGGAGAGGCAGGUGAAGUAUGUUGCCUGUAGGUUGAAAGGGGGCGCUAGUGCUUGGUGGCAACAAGUCAUUCAAUCCCGCAGACGGGAAGGCAGGGGAGCAGUGCGGAGUUGGUUGCGGAUGAAACAACUACUCCGAGACCACUUUUUACCAACUGAUUAUGAACAGAUGUUUGCUCGAAAUAAUCUCAAUGAAUCGGAGAACAAACUGGUUGCACGAUAUAUAGGAGGAUUGAGAGAUUCCAUCCAAGACAAAUUAGAAUUAAACACGGUCUGGUCAUUAUCACAAGCAGUAAAUUAUGCUCUUAAAAUUGAGCUGCAAUCAAAGAGGCAUUCAGCCAAUCGGAAAAUUCGGAGGAGCUGGGAACAACCUGUUGAAACUAGCAAGGUUAUUGUGCAAAACUCAAACACUUACAGCAAACCGGUGGCAAAUCCAACGGCAGUGGGACAACCGCAGGCACCUGGUCCAAAGGCAUUUGAGCCCAAGGGAAAUAUGAGAUGCAAGGUACCAGUGAAAGAGAAUCAUUAUGUUAGACCAACUACUUUAAAAUGUUUUCGAUGUUUUCAACCGGGCCACAAAUCAAACGAAUGUCCCACUCGUGCUCACCUACAGUUAUUGGAUGGAGAAUUGGAAGAAGAUGAAGGCAAUGUUACAGAGGGUGUCGUAGAGGAGAUUGAAGACGUGGCCGAUGAUGAUGGUGAACCUGAUGCAAAGGUUACCAGCUCUCAAAACAUACUAUAUUCUGUAUCUGGCAAGAACUUGCUGAAGGAAUGGAAGGAGUCCUUCUGUAUCAUGGCCUUGGUUAUUAAAGAGCAAAACGAAUCCCCACCUCCAGUCAAAAUUCCUAAAAGUAUUGAUUUGUUGUUGCAGCAAUUUUCUGAUAUAGCUCCACCGAAACUGCCAUCCGGACUUCCACCUAUGAGGGCAAUUCAACAUCAGAUUGAAUUUUUACUGGGCUCGUCAUUACCGAACCUACCUCAUUACAAAAUGAGUCCCAACGAACAUAAGGUUCUGCAACAAAUCGUGGCUGAAAUGUUGGAGAAACAGUUGAUUCAACCGAGUUUAAGUCCUUGUGCCGUACCAGCUUUGUUAGUACCAAAAAAAGACGGCAGCUGGAGGAUGUGUAUGGACAGUCGAUCAAUAAACAAGAUCACUAUUAAAUUCAGGUUUCCGAUGCCGAGGAUGGAGGAUAUGCUAGACAAGCUAUCAGGAGCACAUGUGUUUUCUAAGCUGGAUUUGCGAAGCGGAUACCAUCAGAUCCGAGUCCAUCUGGGUGAUGAAUGGAAGACUGCAUUCAAAACGCGCCAAGGCUUAUACGAAUGGAAAGUGAUGCCAUUUGGGUUGUGCAAUGCGUCGACCACAUUCAUGCGCUUGAUGAAUGAAAUACUAAAGCCUGCCCUGAAUCGUUGUUGUGUGGUAUACUUCGACGAUAUCCUAGUAUUUAGUUCUUCAUUAGAGGAGCAUAUUGAACACCUUACAAUCAUCUUUGAGAUUUGA